AUGGGUGAAGUCCGCGCUUUGAACAAGGCAAUGGAGAAGGAGUAUCAGGAACGCCUUGCUCGUAUUGCCGAUAGGUACAACGCGCCUGUAGACGCUCUGAAGCACUUGAAACCACCAUUCAUUCGCAAAAAUACUGGCGGUUUUCUGGCUUCAACAUCUUUCAGAAACGCCCUUUUGAUUCUGAUGCAUGGUGAAGUCGAACUUAGCAGCCGGUCGUUCAUUGACGAUUUCCAACAUGAAAUGAUCACUUAUAACCGAGCGCAAAUAGCACACAAUGCCGUUGAUACGAAUGUUGCCUCUGUUCCAUCUUUCGCUACACCAAGUUCUUCUUCGACUACUACUGCCACUACCACUAUUAUUCCGUCUACCACCACCACCACUGCCACGAAUCACAGUGUGCCUGCGCCAUCUCUUGUUGCAGCUGCUGAUAGAUCUAUCUCCAAAAAAAAUCAGCAUCGGCAAGCCGUACAGCAAUUUUACGGCGUUCAUAUCGAUGACAAUGCCCAUAUGCCCUGGAAGGAUGAACGGAUGUAUGAGGAUAUUGUCAUGGAAGGAUGGCCGGAUAUUCCGCGCGAUCAUCCUUCUCGUUUGUCCGACAUGCGAAAUUUGAGCUUGCGGAUGUUUGAACAACAUUCGAUUCUUCAGUUGGAUAACUGGGCGCUCGACCCGUUAAUGCCAGUAUCUUUGGCCCACAGUUGCGAAGUAGCGACAGAUAACACCUUUCCAGAAGAGAUCUGUAUCCUGAACUGUGACCCAACGGUUCGACCGUUUUAA